AUGAUCGCCUCGUCUGCAUCCAUCGCUCCUCAGAACCAGCAACUUGCUGAGCUGUACAAGGCUCUAGAGAUGUUCAAGAACAACCCGACGACUCAGGCGCUCGGCGGUCCUGGAGGAGCAUCUUUCAUGAGAUUGCUGGAGCAGCUGGAGAGAGACGGAAUCGUGAAGCGUCACUUUGGGGAUGUGCCAAAACGGCUUGGAGGUGUUUGCGGUUGGACAGUGUUCGAUGACAAGAUGGAAGAGUGGUCCAAGAGAAGGCAGGCAUGGUUCAUGGAAGGCAAGGAAGGGAAAACCUACAAGCCGAACUCCCUGUUUCAAAUCUUGCGCCGUCUUGGGUUCUUUCCGACUGAGAGCACAAAGAGAGCCAGCCAUGGCCUCGACUUUGAAGGCAGCAGGACAUUUGCGUGGGACGGGAGCCGACACGUCAAGUACGUGCAGUCUAAGGCGGAGCAAGAGAGAAAUGGCCGAUUGUUCCGAGGCGACAAAGACGUGCCCGUCACAGAAAUUUCUGACAACAAUCAGAAACAAACCUUGCCAUCGAUUGCGAAAAUCGAGCACGAAUCGUUGAUGCCCUCCAUUAGCGCUAAUGGAAUCUCUCACAAAUCCGACAUUCAAACGGCCGAUGUGAAACCAGGGCAAGCUUUCGAUUGGAGUCUAGGAUUGCAAUCAAACUUCAACCCUGCAAACCAAGCUUCGACCAUGAUUAGCCAGCAAAUCCUCCAACUGCUACAGCAGCAGCAGCAUCAGCAGCAGCAACAGCACCUGUUUCUUCUCAGUCAGCAACAGCAGCAGCAGCAGUACAACCACCUGCUCAAUGGUCAAGGAAGAAUCAGGAUUGCUGCACUUGCUCCUAAGGCGGUAGACCAAUGGAUGCCUGCUACACAACUUCCCUCGUUUGAGACCUCGCUACAGUAG